AAAUGGCGGAUGAUGGAGAAAUUGACAUCGAAGGGGAGUUUGAUUUUAAACUGGAAGUUGAAGAUGGAUUCUAUGAUGCCAAUGAACUGCCCUCAAAGAGUGCAAACCUACUUCCUGAGUUUACCAACCCUCCAUGGAUGCUUGAACAGGGAUGGACAAUGGACAGCUACAUGGAUGAAAAAUCAAAGGCCACCAUAGAAAGAAUGCUGAUGGAAGAACAACAAUACCUCAAUGGCCGAUCCAAGACAAAGAUGGUAUCAUCUGACAAGUCUCCGUCUUCCAGUCCGACAAAGCCCAAGUCGAACUCUGCCAAACGUCCCUGGAACGAGGAAGAGAAACAGCUUUUUCUCAGUGGGCUGGAUUUGUAUGGUAGAAGUUGGACCCGCAUCUCUGAAAUCAUUCCCACCCGGACAAGCCUGCAAGUGAAGAACUAUGCCCAGCAAUACUUCAAGAAUCUGGCCAAGAAGGCUGAAGCUGCCUCUGCAGUUGUGUCCUCUACGUCUCGAGAUCUGCCCCUUGGCUCAACACAACUGGCCUCCCACCUCAGCCAGUCAGCUGACCCACUGGCUAAUGUCCUUGCUUCCGUCACAACUGCCCAGCCCACAGUCACAUCCCUUUCCAGUUCACCCAGUCAGAGCAGAAAGACCUCAGUGUCCAAGCAGUCCAAAAACAAGAAGAAAAACCACAAUACAACAAAAGCAGACUCCCAAAUAGAAUCAGUACAAAGCAUUACCAAUGGUCUGGAUGGUGUUUUACCAUCUGCAAAUACAAUCAUUGGUAUUUCUGGGCUACAGGACCUUCAAUGUGGUUCCUAUACCGGGAAUGUGGACACAAGUGAAUUGUCUCCCAGUGUGAAUCUGUCUGGGGUAGGGUUCUUGUCUGGGAGUAAGGAAUUAGGUUUUGACAGCUCGGUCGGGACGCUGAUCCACAUUGCUUCCGGACUGGACACUUUGGCUGCUGUUGUUGAGAGUGACUUUAGUGCUAGUGAUCUCCAGACUCUAACAACAGUCACAGCCGAUGGAUCAGAGGUCGUUCAGUCCGACAUUCUUGCUUCCGUAGUGCAACACUCUGAAGGGAAAGAUGAAGCUUUACAGAAAGAAACUGGCACUUCCUCCGACGAAAUUGGGAACUUGAGUUCCAAUUCAGUUGAAGAGGAGGAGGAUGUGGAUAUCGAUAUUGAAAAUGAUGAUGACGAUAACGACAACCCAAUACUGUUAGGAAGGUCCAUUUCACCUAGCUCUGUGUAUGAGAAGUUGUUACGAUCAGCCAAUGUUACACCGACUGAGCUGGGUGAUGGUGAACAGUCUGAUGAAGGAGAUACUGAUGCUGACGUUGCAGCAGCUGACACAGACAGUGCUACUCAGGGGAGAUCUGAAAACUUAGAAGGUGCUAUGGAUGAGAAUGUCACGGAACUUUUUACUGAUAGUAAGCAAGAAACCAAAGCCAAUGCUAAUACAACAGGAGAAUUUACUCAGCCUGAACCGCCCACCGAAUGUUGUGACAGCAGUGAAGAAAUGACUGUUCUACAGGAUGUGCCAAAGCUUGAGGAGAAAGUUAUAGUCAAUGGUAUCACAACAUCGGCAGGAGAAGUGAUAGAAUUUCCAAUCCCGGAGGAGGAAAGGAUCAUGGAAGCUGAUGACAUCACAGAGGAGGAGAGGAAGAUUCACUCUGAAUUCUUUGAUGGUCGACAAUCUAAAACUCCUGAGAGAUACUUGAAGAUUAGGAACCAUAUUAUUGAUUGCUGGAAAAAGUGCAAACCGAACUUCCUGAAUAAGACUUCGGUGCGGACUGGUUUGAAGAACUGUGGGGAUGUCAACUGUAUAGGGAGGAUACACUGCUUUCUGGAGUGCACCGGCACCAUUAACUUUGGCUGUGAACAAGCAUGCUACAACAACCCCGGCAAGACACAGCCGACUGGGGCCAAGUUAAAACAUACAGGCCGAGAUGGCUGGAUGGCUGUUGUGUCGGAUAAACUUGACUCCAUGAGACCCAGGAAGAGACGGAUCCGAGACUCGUCUGGUCACUGGGUGGAUGAAAAGGAAUUGGAAGGAAAAACAAUUGAACACAAGACUGGAUCUGGAGAAGAAAGGAAGGUCAAGGUUGCUAAGAUGAUGAAAGUGUCAUACGAUCCCUUCAAACUGAUACCAUGCCAGCCCUUUACCAUAGAUCGACCGGCUCCUUUCAGCGUGUCCAUGACCAACACGACAGUAGCAGUUAUGGACGUCCAUGCUCACAUUUCCAAGACAGAGGUGAUAGGGAUGCUGGGUGGUCAGUACCAUGGUGACCUGGGCAUACUGGACAUCAGGAUGGCCGUGCCCUGCAACAGUCUCAGUACAGGCAUGCAGUGUGAGAUGGACCCAGUCUCCCAGACGCAGGCCAGUGAGCAGAUCUCGGCGGCAGGCCUGAUUGUAGUCGGCUGGUAUCACUCACAUCCAACAUUUGCCCCCAACCCUUCUGUCAGGGAUAUUGAAACACAGCUCAAGUUUCAGGACUGGUUUGCCAAAGGUGGCAGCCAUUUUGUUGGAGUGAUUGUGAGCCCUUACAACAAACUGAACCCGGGGGUCAUAUCGGAGGUCCAGUGUCUCACCAUUGGGAGUGAAAUGUCUCCAGAAUAUCACUGCAACCUGCCCUAUGAGUUUGACUACAGCAUGACCUAUGACAGCAGUACUGAUGGGGAACUCAUCGGGCCGCUCAUAGCUCUAGCGGACAAGUACCCCUCCAAUGUCAACAGGGUGUACUUGUCCAGACAGUUCAGGGUAGCUCUUGGCAUUUCCUGUCUCACAAAGAUGGUUCAGUCUGUCCGCCAUCACCUGCUUCCCCCGAGUGACAGUGAGGACCACGACGGCCAGUACGACUCGGUGAUACAACUGCUGGAAGACACAUUCCUCAAACUCUCCUCCAUUGACCCCAAAUAUACUCUGCAGGAUCACAUUGCGCUCGGGGACUUCGACGAACACUCCGUGCCAGACAUCCACAUCGAUGACGAAGAUCUUGACACCUUUGUUCCAACAAAUCCUCAGUUGCCACUGAUUGACACAUGACCAAGGCUAAGCCUCGCAAGGUUUAGUCAACAAAAUGUUUGCUUGCUCCAGACUGCGUGACUUGAGAAAUGUGAUUUUGUUUUUGAUAGGUUUGAAAUUGUUUGCAGUCAGCAGACGACGUACACAAUCGUGUAUGAUGCCUCUUUCUGUGUUAGGGUUAUUGUUAUCAUGGUUAUUAUUGUCUUACAAAUUUUCUUCUGAAGAGAAAACUGUUACCAUUGAUGAAAAGGGCUGUGGGGUACUGAAUAAUUAAAAUGGUUGCUUGUCAUGCGGGAGGCCCACGUUCUGUUCCCACAUGGGUACAGUGUAUGAAGCCCAUAUUCUGGUGUCCCCUGCCUUGAUGUGCAUGGACUAUUGCUGGAAUCAACCUAAAACAAAACUCACUCAUGUUGAGUAGUUUUCUUUUCUUACUUUGUAUAGAAUUAGAUUACUUAUCGUGAUAACUGAAAUGCUUCAACUUAGGCUUUAUAAAAAUAAAAGAAUUGGUUCUCAGGCAAUGACAUUUGAAAAUAUAGUCCGGAUAGGCGGUGUUUUUUGUGUUGUUGUUCUAGUAUGUAACCAUGGUAACCAAAUUCAGUUGUGUACAAUCAA